AUGACAAACGAUAAAAAACCGAAAGUCUUACUUCUUUCUCCAUUUGAAUUAUCUAGAAGAAGAUGGGAUGAACUCAAAGAAAUUGCUGAAAUUAUCGAUUGUGAAUCGAAAAGUCGUGAAGAAUUUAUCCGAGAUUUGCAAACGAAAUACAAUGAUAUCAUUUGUAUAGCGCGUGACUAUUAUUCUUUCCCAACAACAGGUCGAAUGGAUGCUGAGGUCGCAAAGUAUGCACCGAUUAGUUUAAAAUGUAUUGGUCAUUGUGGAGCAGGGUACGACCAAGUUCAAAUUGAACCAUUCACUAAAUUAGGUGUUCAAGUUUCCAAUGUCACGGAACCAGUCGUCGGACCAACUGCAGAUGCAGCAGUGUUUUUAGUAUUGGCAGCUAUGAGAAGUUUUAUACAGGGUCACAAGGCAUUGAUUCAAGGGAAAUGGCCCAAGGCUGCGGCUGAAGGUAAGACUGUAAUCGAGAUGGCACACUCGCCACAAGGUAAAGUGCUUGCGAUCUUGGGAAUGGGAGGUAUUGGCAGAGCCAUUAGAGACAGAUUGACACCAUUUGGAUUUGACAAGAUCAUCUACUACAACAGAAACAGAUUAUCACCUGAGUUAGAAGGUAAUGCCGAAUAUGUCAGUUUAGAUGAGUUGUACAGGACUGCAGAUGUGAUUGUGAUUGGUAUCCCAUUGAAUGCCAACACCAGACAUAUGAUUAACAGGGAUUCCAUUGGAAAGAUGAAGGACGGUGUUGUGUUGGUGAAUAUUGCCAGAGGAGCCAUUAUAGAUGAAGCUGUGCUCCCAGAAAUGAUCAAGUCUGGUAAGAUUGGUGCAUUCGGGGCUGAUGUAUUUGAACACGAGCCACAAGUAAGUCCUGAAUUGUAUGAAUUACCGAACGUUGUUUCCACACCUCACAUUGGAACCCAUACAAUUGAAUGUACCCGAGGAAUGGAAGAAUGGGUUGUAGAUAAUAUAGAAAGUUUUCUUAGAACAGGUAAAGUUAAAACUAUAGUUCCCGAACAAAAAGGACUUUUCUAA